AUGGCUCAACCAAGGGUCACUCCAUAUCUCAUCUACCUGGUGUUUAUCACCACGUUAGGUCCACUUCAGUUCGGUUAUCACCUAGCUGAGCUCAAUGCGCCUCAAGCUGUCAUCACCUGCGAAAGGAAAAACAUCCAUUCCUCAUCCCUCAUAUCCGACGGGCUACCGCAAUGUAUCCCCAUGAGCCCGUCUCAGUUCGGCUUGGUUUCGUCGAUUUACACCCUUGGGGGUCUUAUGGGAGCUCUGCUGGCAGGGCCGGUGUCAACAAAACAUGGACGUCUAUUAGCACUACGAGCCACAACCUUUUUCUUCAUCGCCGGUCCAGUGGCUGAAACACUUGCAUUUAACAUUCCAAUACUGAGCUUUGGUAGACUUUUGUCCGGCGUUGGCUCGGGAGCAGCUAUUGUUGCUGGUCCCAUCUACAUCUCCGAGAUCGCCCCGCCUAGCGCUAAGGGCCUUUUUGGUGCAUUCACGCAGGUCAUGACUAAUGUCGGCAUCCUCUUCACACAGACACUUGGUUAUUUCUUGAGCGAGGGGAGUAUGUGGAGGACCAUACUCGCUGUUGCAGGGGUUAUCGGAGCUCUUGAACUUCUUGGCCUCGCCUUUGUUCCGGAGAGCCCAGCCUGGCUCGUCGACCAUCAAAAGCACGAUCUAGCUAGGCGGGUCCUACAGCGGAUACGCGGCAGGGACGCAGAUAUCCAUGGCGAAAUAGAAGGCUCCACGAGGUCCGAGGAGGACGCCGGAGAAGAGCAGUCGCUUCUCAUUCCUCCCUCGAGCAACCUACCCCCCAAGCAGCCUCCAGUGACGAUGGCACGAGUGUUCAUGGAUCCUGACUACCGUCCCGCUAUUAUCGCCGUUGUUGGGAUCAUGGUAGCACAACAGUUCACAGGAAUCAACAGUAUCAUCAUGUACAGUGUCUCGCUAUUGCAGAGCAUUCUGCCAACAACCGCAGCCUUACUUUCUGUCCUGAUAUCCGCCAUAAACCUCGUCAUGACUCUCGCUUGCUCACCACUACCCGACAAGAUUGGUCGGAAGUCAUGCCUUUUGUACAGUAUCAGCGGCAUGGGUUGUAAUUCUAUCCUACUAGCUAUGGGGAUUUAUUUCAAUGUGAAAGCCCUGUCUGCAAUCGCCGUCUUACUUUUUGUCGCUUCAUUUGCGGUUGGUUUGGGGCCAGUGCCGUUUAUUAUGGCCUCCGAGUUGGUCGGACCAGAAGCUGUUGGGGCCACGCAGAGUUGGGCAUUGGCGGCUAACUGGAUCUCAACGUUUGUUGUGGCACAGUUUUUCCCAAUGUUAAACGACGCAUUAGGUGGUCGGGGUAAAAUCUACUGGCUAUUCGCUGCAAUGGCGGGUCUUUUCGCGGGGUUUAUUUACUGGAGAGUCCCUGAAACCAAGGACAAGAGAAGCGUGGAUGAGGUUUGGGGCAGAGAGGAUCAGCGAAGGAGAGAUUAA